AUGACUCGGUUCCGACCGUGUAUCGACCUGCACGCCGGCCAGGUCAAGCAGAUCGUCGGCGGCACACUUAGCACCCAAGAGUCCGAGCUCAAGACAAACCAUGUCUCGAAACACCCGGCGGAAUACUUCUCUAGACUCUAUCGUGAUGCAAACUCGCUGGGUGCGCACGUGAUUAUGCUUGGACCAGGAAACGAGGAUGCUGCGCGAGGAGCCCUAGCAGCCUGGCCUGGACAUCUUCAAGUCGGUGGUGGUAUCACGGAUGCCAAUGCGAAGAAAUGGAUCGAGGCCGGUGCGGAAAAGGUCAUUAUCACUUCUUUUCUGUUUCCCGAGGGUCGCUUCUCUUUAGACCGACUAAGAUCCGUGCUCUCUGCGUUGGACAACGACAAGGACAAACUCGUCAUUGACCUGAGCUGUCGGAGGAAGGGCAAUACGUGGUAUGUCGCAAUGAACAAGUGGCAGACUAUGACCGAGAUGGAAAUCACAAAAGAGAGUAUCGAAAUGUUCGAACCCUAUUGCUCGGAAUUUUUGAUACAUGCUGCCGACAAUGAAGGCCUCCAGCAAGGCAUCGACACCGACCUCGUCGCCAAGCUGUCCGAGUGGUGCACAAUACCGGUCACAUAUGCUGGCGGUGCUCGUACAGUAGAAGACCUCGACCGCGUCAAGCAGUCCAGCAAUGGAAAAGUCGACCUGACCAUUGGUAGCGCUCUGGAUGUCUUUGGCGGAUCUGGCGCGAAAUUCGAAGACUGUGUUGCUUGGAAUGCGGCCAAUGCGCAAUGA